UGCUGUUUGCGUAUGGAUAAUUAUCUCUUCCGGGUAGGUUGCUCUGCGGCCGAUAGUAUCAUCUUUUUACUACAACUAAAGAGGUGUCUCUUUAGCAGCCAAUUCCAUGUUAAAUUUCUCAUGAACGAGCGGUGAAAGUGUAGUUGCAGUAUUCGUAGCUUUUCUUUUAUUUUUUGUAUAUUGUUGGCAUUUUAUAAGAAGACGAAGCUUUGAAGCAACAAACUUUCUCUUCUUCUCUAAAGAUUGUGCUGGAAUCUCCUGAAUUCGCCCAAAUACUUUCAACCAAAGAACACUGCAAACCUCAAUGACACUUUGUAUUUAAGAAUUGAAGAGAGCAAAUUUUCUAAGCAUGGAAGUAGUCUCGCAGCAUUCCCCUCCAUGCUGUCAUUUAAACAGGAGAUUAUUAGUAAAGAAAAGAUCAAGUAGACAGCAAGUAAAAAUCCCUUUGUGUAGAAAACGAAGAAUUUUGUGUAGCAAGGUUCAUUACAGAACUGAGUCACGGGCAUUAUCUAAUAAAGAUCACUCUUUGCUGAAUGGGAAAGUUACAAGGCCAUCCAAGCCUGUUGAAGGGUUCAGUGGGGAUUCUAAUGGUUACGUGAUUGGUAGUGAAGAUGAAGUUGGAAGCAUGUCAGAAACUGGGGAUUCAAUAACCAUGGUUUUGAUUCCAGGGCUGCCUGAUGAGUCCAAUGGUGAAUGUGGUGCUCCAAUCAGUAGUUGCUUCUGGGAGUGGAAACCUAAAUUUAAUGUGCAUUAUGAGAUAUCCGGUUCUCAAAAUGUGAAUUCUCCGCCGUUACUCUUUCUUCCUGGUUUUGGUGUUGGUUCUUUUCAUUAUGAAAAACAGCUCAAGGAUUUGGGUCGUGAUUAUCGGGUAUGGGCAAUUGAUUUUCUUGGGCAAGGCAUGUCAUUGCCUACUGAGAAUCCCACAUCCUCCUCCAAGGAGGAGGAUCUUGUGUGGGGAUUUGGGGAUAAAACUGAACCAUGGGCUACUGAUCUGGUUUACUCUAUGGACUUAUGGCGGGAUCAAGUUCUCUAUUUCGUAGAAGAGGUCAUAGGUGAACCAGUUUACCUCGUAGGGAACUCACUAGGAGGAUUUGUUGCUCUAUACUUUGCAGCACGUAAUCCUCAAUUAGUGAAGGGUGUUACACUACUUAAUGCAACUCCUUUUUGGGGAUUUCUACCUAAUCCAAUAAAAUCUCCUAGACUAGCAAGGAUAUUUUCAUGGUCUGGAACAUUUCCUCUACCAGAAAGUAUCAGAAAGCUGACGGAAUUUGUCUGGCAAAGGAUAAGUGACCCUGAAUGUAUAGCAGAUGUACUUAGACAGGUAUAUGCGGAUCAUUCUUUAAAUGUUGACAACGUGUUUCAUUGUAUUCUUGAGACAACACAGCAUCCUGCUGCUGCUGCAUCAUUUGCUUCAAUCAUGUUUGCUCCUCAAGCAGAGCUUUCCUUCAGGGAGGCUUUAUCAAGGUGUGAUAUGAACGGUGUGCCUAUAUGUCUCAUGUAUGGAAAAGAAGACCCCUGGGUGAAGCCUGUGUGGGGUCUUGAGGUGAAAAAGCAUGUUCCUGAAGCUCCGUACUAUGAGAUCAGCCCGGCAGGGCAUUGCCCUCAUGACGAAGUUCCUGAGGUGGUAAAUUAUUUGCUACGUGGAUGGAUCAAAAGCCUGGAGUCUCAGGGUGCAGCUGCAUUACCCUUGCUAGAUGACAUGCAAUCUGAAAAUAUUCAGAGUAGCAUUGCCAAGGACUUGGAAUUUGUGAGGCAAGGAUCAAACAAAUCUGUGAUUGUGCGAUUUAUGGGAUCCAGCUUCUCACUUUGGAACAGGAUGGAAUCCUACUUUACAUCUUGCUUUGCCAAGUUGGAAACCAAAUAGCAAUAACAGACUAGUUCAUUCUUUUUCUCUCUCUUUUACUUUUAUCCAUGAGAUCAUGUAAAUUUCAUAUACAUUCUAACGUGGUUGUAUGUGUGAUUUCAUAUAUGAUGGGUUCCGAAUGAACCCUGAAUACGGAUUUUGGGUUCCCUGUGUGUGUGUGCACGGGCUUGAAAAUAUAACAAAUCACGGUUUACUUCAA